AUGGCGACAGGAUCCCGCUCCCUCGGCCUCCCCGGCCCCUGCAGAGAGAUCACCGGCUAUGAGCCGCAUCGUGCGGAUCAUGCGGCAGCAGAGGAUGGGAGGGAGAGCGCGAGAUGGCUGACCGGACUGUCUGCCAUGGCAACCAAGAAGGAUCCCCCAUCGUUGUGCGGGAGGCUGCUGUUCUUCCCUUUCAUCCUAGUCGGCAACUCAAUCUUCAUCUUCCUUCUACCUUGCCUUCAAGUCUACGCGGACAGGCUCUUUGGGAGAUGUUUCAUGGGCAUCGGGCGCUACUGCUGCUGCUUCUGCUUCUGCCGAUGCUGGAGGAGGAAGAGGAAGUGUGUGUGCUUCGAGUUCGAGGUCAAGGGAGAAUCUCGAUGCGGCGAUCCUGUGGAAACGAGCAGGAGACUUGUGGGAGGGCCCAGCAGCUCGGCUGUUCAAGAAGAGAAGCUCACCGGAGGACAUCGCGCAGGUUCCUUGAUGGUUGACAGAGGAACGAGAGCUGAACACGCUGUUGCUGCUCAGGGGCAGCUGGGGGACUGCUGGCUACUUGCUGCGCUCGCGUGCUUGUCCGAGCGAGCUGGGGCGAUCGAGAGAUGUUUUGAGACGCGAGAAAUCAGCGUGAGAGGACUGUACAAGCUCAAGCUCUAUGAUGGGCAGCGAGAAGAAUGGGUUCGCAUGAUUAUCGACGAUUACCUUCCAACAGAGCACGGUCAGCCAAUCUUUGCUCAGCCCAAUGGAAGGGAGAUCUGGGUUCUGCUAUUGGAGAAAGCUUUUGCAAAGCCAGAUCUCAGUGAUGGUAUUGGAACAGGCGGGCAUAUCCUAUGGGCGUUUCAAGCCAUGACGGGAGACAAUGUGAUGCAUUUCUCCAAGGAAGACAGCAAGUGGUGCAGAUACGACAUGCGACAACCUACUGACGAGAACAACAAGAGGAGAAUCGGGUUGAGAAAAACGGAGCCGCCGGAAGAGUACAAAGACGACGAAUUCUACAAGAUUCUACAAACUUACGAUGCGCUGAGGUCUGUGAUGGGAGCGGGUUCGGAUCUGGAUGGUUCUGUCUCUUCGAGAAACGGAAUUCGACCAGGUCACGCGUACAGGAGAAGAAGACAAGUCGAUGGAGAGGAGGACGAGGACGAGGACGAGGACGAGGACGAGGACGAGGACGAGGAGGAGGACGAGGAGGAGGGGGACGAGGACGAGAAGGAGGACGAGGAGGAGGAGGAGACAGGUGAUUGGUCGGCCAAGAGUUCACUAUGGAAGCAACAUCCCAACGUCGCCAAAGCGUGUAAGUUUGACGAGAGCGGGAAAGGAUUCUUUUGGAUGGAGAUGAAGGACUUCAUAAGACAUUUCGACUACAUCGACAUAUGUCACAGGUAG